CUUUUCAUUCUCUUACGGGUAAAGCAAAGCAAAGUAAACCCAAUCAAUAAUACCAAAUAUUGAUGCCGUGUGAGGUUGGGGUCUUCGUGCUGACCCAUGUGAGUCAUGGGAGCGAUUACUUGAGGCUGCAUCAGUUCAGGAAUUCUUUGUCUUUGGCUUUGCUUUUGGUGUCUCAAGCAACUGGGAGAUUGUAGAUGCUGGUGUGAAAGCUGAAUUCCGUGGAAAAUGGCAACUCUAGUUGAGCCCCCCAACAGAAUUAAGCCAAAGGGGAAGCAUUAUUAUACAUUAUCACAAACAUUGUUUGAGAUUGAUACGAAGUACGUUCCAAUCAAGCCAAUUGGCCGAGGAGCAUAUGGCGUGGUGUGCUCUUCCAUCAAUAGGGAGACCAAUGAGAAAGUUGCAAUUAAGAAGAUUGGUAAUAUAUUUGAGAAUUGUAUUGAUGCUUUGAGAACUUUAAGGGAGCUGAAGCUGCUUAGACAUAUUCGACAUGAGAAUGUCAUUGCUUUGAAAGAUGUUAUGAUGCCGGUCCAGAGAACAAGUUUUAAGGAUGUCUACUUGGUCUAUGAACUCAUGGAUACAGAUCUUCAUCAGAUUAUCAAGUCCUCUCAGCCACUUUCCAAUGAUCACUGCAAAUAUUUCUUGUUUCAGCUCCUUCGAGGUCUUAAAUAUCUUCAUUCUGCAAAUAUUCUUCACCGAGACUUGAAGCCUGGGAAUCUGCUCAUCAAUGCCAACUGUGAUUUGAAGAUAUGUGACUUUGGGCUUGCACGAACCAGUGGAGUUGAUGGCCAGUUUAUGACAGAAUAUGUUGUCACUAGAUGGUAUCGCGCUCCUGAGCUCCUGUUAUGCUGUGACAAUUAUGGAACCUCUAUUGAUGUUUGGUCUGUAGGAUGCAUUUUUGCUGAGAUUCUUGGGAGAAAGCCAAUCUUCCCAGGAACUGAGUGCCUCAACCAACUGAAACUCAUUAUAAGCGUUCUUGGAAGCCAGCAUGAAUCUAAUCUUGAGUUUAUUUACAAUUCAAAAGCCAGGAGGUUUAUCAAAUCACUGCCUUAUACAAGGGGCAGACACUUCUCUCAGCUAUACCCUCAAGCAGAUCCAUUAGCCAUAGAUUUGUUGCAAAAAAUGCUUGUAUUUGAUCCAACUAAGAGAAUUACUGUCUUAGAAGCACUCCAACAUCCAUAUAUGGCUGGCCUAUAUGAUCCAAGGUGUAACCCUCCUGCCCAAGUUCCCAUCAAUCUUGAAAUAGAUGAAAAUUGGGGUGAACAGAUGAUUAGGGAAAUGAUGUGGAAUGAGAUGCUUCAUUAUCAUCCUGAAGUUGCUUCUAUCAAUGCAUAGUUCUAUCAUCCUGAAGCUGUCUCUAGGAGUAGUUCUGGUUUUUCACUAAACAAACUGUAAUCUUAAGGACUUAGCUGCCGAAUUUUGUACUUGCAUGAGUUUGUCGUAAUACUUUCUUAUUUUGGUGUCCCCAUAAGGAUAAUGGCAUGGCAUAUUGUAACUUGUAUAUAGUCAUGCUUACUGUUUUGGUGUUUCGGCAAAAUUCCUGUUUGAACCAUAAAUUGUUUAUCAGUUAGGAGUAAGAUACUUAUU